AGAAAAGGUUUAAGGUGGGAAGAGGCCUGGUUGAUGUAGAAAUUAGGAGCCCGCGCCGGGCUGUGUUUUGGCAGGGGGUAGGCAGGGGGUAGGCAGGGGUCGUCCGUGCAACAGUCGACCCGAAGCGACUGCUUUGAUGGGUCCCAUCGAGUAUUGUCAGCUGAUGAUUGGAUGGAAUUCCAUAUCGAUACCACAUUAAGGUUAGACUUCGAUUAAUCUCAGGGUCAAGGUAUCCAUUGAAAAUCUUCUAAUUCGGGGUACAUUCAGGGGUGCAGCAUGCAUGAAAAUCGGCCAGCAGCUUCCCCAAUCGUGAUUGCAACCCCCUGGAUCGCGAUGUCAUCAUGGUCGCAGGAGAAUGGACAAUCUGCAUCAUUUCUAUACUCGGUGACACCCUCCUUCGCCUCGAUAGUGUUAUCGUCACGCAUACCACUCUGCACGAAGGCGACUUCAGCUCUCGAGUACGAGGCGUGGUGUUACCUUACGCGUCUCUUCACAGCCUCGAGUCUGGAGUGCAGUCUGGAGCAAGCCAGAGAGAAGCGCUUCUAUUUCGGGCAGUCUACCAAGGCGGGGGCUAGCAAGAAAGUUCUUGUUGAGCUUCAGUUGGGCAAGAAGGGAAGGGAAAGCCUUGUGGUUUUCCAAGGAGUUUCAUUCGCACAUUUUCAUUCUGGAGGAAUUUUGGGUGGUCAGCUUCGAAGUCUCAGUGGUGAGCUGGAUAGUCACGUGUUAGUAUUACUCCAUUACUCGAGUUCUGUUAUUCGCAGCUGCUUCGUGUCAUGUCGGCACUUUAUUCUCACUAUUCCAACCUGGACUUGUUUUGCGUCACGGCUAAAGUCCUUUCGUGCUGCUACCUGGUGUAGAAGCUUCUUCCACUCAAGAGGAAAUGUCAGUCACAUGUACGAUCACGUGCCUUUCACCAAUAAGCAGCCUUCUAGUUUGCUCUUCAAGUUUUGUUGCACGUCGCAAGCAGUGCUCAUUCGACUCUCCUGCGCAGUCAAUCAAUACAUGUUAUCUAAUCGUUUGAGAAUCGAUUAAGCUCUAUAUCGUUAGCCUGUAUCAGUCCUCGCCUUGUCAAGGUUCUAAACACACCAAGAUGAAGACUUAACAACUGGAAUUCAGCCUCAGAAUGUUCAUUUACUACCUUAGAAGUUGAGGGCAGAUUGGUAACUUGCCUUCUCGAUCAUUCAGUAUAUUUCAUCUUCCUCUCAUUCCGUAGCCGCCCCUGGUCUCCUCUUGUUGACCUCAACCAGCGAGAAUUGCCUGGGUCUGAAGCAGGAACUUGCAUUCUCCGUAUCAUAUUAGGAACUGCAGUGCCUAAAUACCAUGUUGCUUCUUACACUUCUUGCAGCAAAUCUAGUUUCUAGCCAACCCAAAUCUCUGGGGUGAAGUACUAUAGAGGGGAGCGCGGGACUGAGUACGCUAUUAUUAUACUACAGUUGUUGCGCAGUCGAUAAUCAAGUUACUGUCUGGGGACUGUGAAUAUUUUUC